AUGUCUCCUUUGGCUCUUCUCCAAGUUCUCUUCGUCCUCUUGUGCUGCUCGCCUCUGGCUCUCGCUUCCUCGUCGGAGCUAACCCUUGCACGAGCUGCUUGUGGAGAUGACCAGCUUGUCAUCUUCGAUGCUUCUGAUGGCCUCCUUAACCUGUCGGUCAAUGGGGUUCUGGUGCAGGACCGCGUUCUUGCCUGCCAUAAGCUCGGCUUCUACUUUGCCAGUGGCUGCAUCCGCUGCAGCUACCUUUCAGAUCCGUUGAGGGGUGCCGUAAAGCAGUAUUGUGGUGAAGGGAGUGGAACGCACCAUGCAACUUUACAUCAAGAUGUGCCAAGGAAGCUCUUGAGGCGGCCCACAGAAAAUGGCUCAAGAAAUGAUUAUGACCCAUGUGGGAGGAUUGGGUUGAAUGAAAAUAAUCAGGACACUGGUGAUUCUUCAGAAAAGCAGGAUCAUCUCCUGGCUGUGCCAGGUGUGAUUCUCUUAUGCUGUGGUCUUAUGUUCCCAUGCUUUCAUGCCGAACCAAAAGAAGUCAGCAGGCAUGACACGGCAACCGCUCAGCGCAAUGCGGUUGAAUCAGUUUCAUCCUAUGAAGUAAGCAUGUCAUCUGAGAAAGUCCCACCAACUCCACAUCGAAUACCUCCAAGUCCAUCUAGAUUUGCGCCGUCUCCACAGAUAGCUAGAGUUGGAUCUGUCAACUUAAGCAUCCAGCAGAUCCUCAGGGCGACUCAGAACUUCUCAUCUUCAUUUAAGUUAGGCGAAGGAGGAUUUGGGAUGGUCUACAGGGCUGUAUUGCCAGACGGCAAUGUUGUUGCAGUCAAGAGAGCUAAAAAGGAUCAGUUUGCAGGUCCUAGGGAUGAGUUCAGCAAUGAAGUAGACUUGCUUGCUAAGAUAGACCACCGAAAUUUGGUGAGGUUACUGGGUUUUACUGAUAAAGGAAAUGAGCGCAUUAUCAUCACUGAGUAUGUUCCAAAUGGUACUCUUAGAGAACAUCUAGAUGGUCAACAUGGUAGAAUCCUGGAUUUUAAUCAGCGCCUAGAAAUUGCAAUUGACGUGGCUCAUGCACUUACUUAUCUUCAUCUGUAUGCAGAGAAGACUAUAAUUCAUCGUGAUGUGAAGUCAUCAAACAUCCUGCUGACAGAUAGCUAUCGGGCCAAGACUUUCAAGAAAUUCAAUGAAGGCAACAUGAGAGAGAUAUUGGACCCGUUGCUGGUAGAUCAUGUGGACGAUGAGGUGCUUGAAAAGCUCCUUAGCCUGGCUUUCCAAUGUGCAGCUCCGACACGGGACGACCGCCCGACCAUGAAGGAAGUUGGGGAGCAGCUGUGGGAAAUAAGGAAAGAGCACGGAAAGAAAGAGCAUUAG